AUGGAUAGCACCCCUGGUUUUGUUAACCUGCUCAAUAGCCAAUGUUCUUUUGAUCUUGAUUCACCCGAACCUGCUUGGUUCAGUAGCCAAUGUCCAGAUGAGUCUACCGUGAAGGAGAGGAGGAAAUUGUCUCCAAAAGAGGAUAAAAUCCUUAUUGGUGCUUGGCUUAACACCAGUAAGGACCAUGUGGUCAGCAACGAGCAGAAAGCACCAGCUUUCUGGAAGAGGAUUCAAGACUACUACAACUCAAGCCCUCACCUGGUUGGAACAACACCUAGAGAGCUUGUUCAGUGCAAGCAGAGGUGGUCUAGGAUUAACGAUCAAGUCUGCAAGUUUGUUGGUUGCUUUGAAGCGGCUCUGAGAGAGCAGAGAAGUGGUCAAAAUGAUGAUGAUGUGAUAAAAGCUUCCUUGGAUAUCUUCUACAACGACAACGAAAUCAAGUUUAGCCUGGAACAUGCGUGGAGAGAGCUGAGGCAUGACAAGAAAUGGUUCUCCACCUUUCAGGCUAAGGACACUGUCAAGGAAAAGCGCAAACAAGUGUUGGAGGUUGAUGGACAAGAGGAGUGGGAGAACCAGAGGGUCGACCUGUUGAAGUGA